CGUUCCAGGGCGGCGCGAAAGCAUGUGGGAGCGGCGGCCGCAGCAGCAGAAGCUGGAGAGAGAGGAUGAUGAGGAUGAUGCCCGCCUAGAGAGCUUCUUGAAGCAACACCCGAGCUUGCGCGUCAUCCCUCCGGGGAAGAAGGUCCGUUGCACGCUGUCCGGCCACGAGCUGCCGUACCGCUUGUCCGCCCUUCAAGCUUACACCAGUGGCAAGAAGUACCAGAGGCUCAGCAAGGUCCCGGGUGUGCUGGAUUACAGCGAAUAUGAGCCACAUAUCGUCCCCAGCACUAAAAAUCCCCAUCAGCUGUUCUGCAAACUCACCUUGCGCCACAUCAACCGGCUGCCGGAACAUGUUCUCCGUCAUGUCCAGGGCCGUCGUUAUCAGAAAGCUCUAAGAAGGUACGGAGAAUGCCAGAGGGAAGGGGUCGAGUACGUUCCUGCGUGUCUUCGCCAGAAACAGCGGCGUCGGCGGGAUCAGGACCACGAAGCGGAGGGCAGCAGGCCGCCCCGGCGGAAGGGGGAGUUUUGGGAACCCCCCGGGAGUGACGAAAAUGACAGUGAAACAGACGACAGCCUGAGCGAUUUGUACCCACCUGAACUUUUCCCUGAAAGGAGCCCAGCCGAGGAGGAAGGCGGCGGAGGGGACUUCGCAACCGACAGCGAGGAGGACGACCCGAUCAAGCCGAACAGCCACCGGAACGGAGACGGAAGUGGGGUGAUGGAUGGGGACCCUCGGAGGGGCUACAAGAGGGAAAAGAAGCAAGGAGGGGGGCUGAAGAAGAAGUUCAAAAGUCGGCACAGAAAACCCAGUUUGGGAAAACUGCCACCGACAGGAAGUCAACGGUGAUGCUCUGGACAGUUCCCGACG